GUGAACUGUAUAAACCGAAACUAGAUUAUUUUAUUGUAGAGACACAAUUAUAUUAUGUAUGGUCAGCUAAAUCAUAUUUUAUCAGAUAAUUGGUGACUGACAGCCGAGGAUGGCUGACACUGAUGAUAUAAAACAUAACAAGCUGUUUGUCGCUUCUAUAGACUUUGGGACAACCUAUUCUGGAUAUGCCGUUUGUACUCGGGAUGAAUACAAGAAAAAUCCAAACAACCCAAAAAUGAAGGUUCGAGAAUGGAAUGAAGGAUCCCACAUAACAGAUAAAGCUCCGACAUGUGUUCUGUUUAAUCCAGAUCAAGAGUUUGAUUGUUUUGGGUAUGAUGCAAUGAAUAAAUUUCGGACAAACCCAAACAAUUUCGAUUUCAGGAAAUGGUACUACUUUGAACAUUUCAAAAUGAUGUUAUUCAAAGAAAAGGACAUGUUGACGAAGGAAACAAUGCUAGAAGAAUCACUGGAUGUCAAAAACAUAGAAAUGAAGAAGAAAAUGAAAGCAGUUUAUGUUUUUGCUGAGGUCAUAAAAUAUUUCAUAGAAGAUCUCGUGCAGUCUAAAAACCAACAAGGAACCGUAUUCACAAACGACGACUUCCAUUGGGUGAUUACAGUUCCCGCCAUCUGGGAUCUUAAAGCCAAACAGUUUAUGCGUGAUGCAGCAAAACAGGCUGGUAUAUCACGUGAUAAUUUGACCUUGGCAUUGGAACCAGAAGCUGCAUCAAUGUACUGUCGUAAAGUACCGGUCGGUGUUAAAGAGGAUGAUGAUGGCGGGAAAACUAUUGCAGCAAUGGAGGUUGGGUCAAAAUAUGUUGUUCUAGAUCAAGGCGGAGGAACAACAGAUAUAGCCGUACACGAGGUUACUGGAAAGAAUACAUUGAAAGAAAUUCACCAAGCGUGCGGGGGACAUUGGGGUGGAAUCACAGUCAAUGGAGAGUUUUACAACUUUUUGGUAAGACUUCUUGGUGGAGACGUCAUUAAUGAAGUCAAAAUGAACAAUCCUUCCGAUUAUUACCAAUUACUUUAUAAUUUUGAGCAUACAAAGACUUCUUUCACAGAUGAUCACUCGAACUCACCAAAUGACAAGCAAACCAUACGAGUGCCAUAUUCAUGGUUGCGACAUUUUAAAACAAUUACAGAUUGCGAGUUAGAAGACACUGUCAAACAAUCCACGUUUAAAGGGCAGAUAACACUAAAAAAGGACAAAUUGAGGAUAAAAAAUGAACUUUUCAGAAAAUUCUUUGAUUAUUCUCUUACACAUAUCAUUGAAGAAAUGGAAGACCUGCUAAAGAAAAAACAGCUGGAAGGAGUUGAGACAAUUUUAAUUGUUGGCGGCCAUUCCAAGUCUACAGUUCUUACAAAUGCCAUCUACAAACAUUUUGGAAACCAGUACGGUAUUGUUAUUCCGAAAAAUCCAGAUAUUGCAGUGAUGAAAGGUGCUGUUUUAUUUGGAUUCAAUCCAGAAAUGAUCACAAGUCGAGUUUCCCAAUACACCUACGGUAUAGCUAUGCAACGACCUUUUAUCCCAGGCGUCGACCUCGAAUCCAAGAAAAAAGAAUUAGUAAAUGGUCUUGUCGACAAUGUUUUUGAUAAACAUGUUGAAAUUGGUCAAGUUGUUAGUAUUGGAGAAUUUUUACCAGAACAUGAUUAUGUUCCAGCUGCCAGAGAGUACACAGCAGUUCAUUUUGAGUUCUAUGCAACCAAAAGCAAGAAUCCGCAGUAUGUUACCGAUGACGGCUGUAGUUGUAUAGGAGUGCUUUAUUUUGAAUUGACCGAUAUUUCUAAACGAAAAGACAUGACGCUCAAACUAAAUGUGAGUGGAACGGAAAUUGUCGCGAUGAUAACUGAAAAAUCAACGGGUAAACUAAGUAACGGUUACUUCAGUCUACUCGAAUAGUUUUACAUAGCAUGCAAACAAUGUGAUAAACUUGAGGCUUUAAAACCUGUUUUUGCUCUUUAGUCCAUUGUUUAUUAACUUUGUCGCUCGAAACAUUUUAUGAACUAUGUUGCAAAAUUAAUCUGAAUAAAUCCAUAUGCAUACCUCAGGAGCCUGUAAUUCAGUGGUUGUCGUUUGUUUAUGUGUUACAUAUUUGUUUUUCGUUCAUUUUUUUACAUAAAUGAGGCCGUUAGUUUUCUCGUUUUGAUUGUUUUACAUUGUCUUAUCGGGGCCUUUAAUAGCUGACUAUGCGGUAUGGGCUUUGCUCAUUGUUGAAGGCCGUAUGGUGACCUAUAGUUGUUAAUGUGUGUGUCAUUUUGGUCUUUUGUGGAUAGUUGUCUCAUUGGCAAUUAUACCACAUCUUUUUUUUUUAUACUUUACAAUUUACCAAACAGUGCAGAAUGCUAGAUUGAAUACUGAAACAGAAAUUUAAAUUUGUGAAAGAGAUUUAUU